CCUGCGAUCACUGCCUGCGGGCUUUGGAGACGGCAGAGGAAAACGCCCAGCGGCUGUUGGGGAAGAGCUCACUGGUGCUGCCUCACCCAGAGCAGUGCAGCAUCCGGAAAGACCUGCACCAGCAAUGUCCCCGCUGCCAGGUGACGUACUGCAGUGCUGAAUGCAGGCAGGCCGCUUUGGAGCAGUACCACCAGGUCCUCUGCCUUGGCCCGUCCCGUGACGACCCCACGCACCCCCUCAACAAGCUGCAGGAGGCAUGGAGAAACAUGCAUUAUCCACCGGAGACUUCCAGCAUCAUGUUGAUGGCCCGGAUGGUCGCCACCGUCAAACAGGCUAAAGACAAGGAGUGGUGGAUUAAGGCGUUCUCCCAGUUCUGCAAUAAGACAGCAAACGAAGAAGAGGAGAUUGUGCACAAGCUGUUGGGGGACAAAUUUAAGGGCCAGCUGGAGCUGCUGCGGUUGCUCUUCACAGAAGCCCUUUACGAUGAACAUCUCAGCAGGUGGUUCACUCCAGAAGGCUUUCGAUCCCUCUUUGCCCUCGUUGGGACCAAUGGCCAAGGCAUAGGAACAAGCUCUCUGAGCCAGUGGGUGCACGCGUGCGAUGCGCUGGAUCUCCCCAUGCUGCAGCGAGAGGAGCUGGACGCCUUCAUCGACCAGCUCUACAAGGACAUCGAGAAGGAGUCAGGAGAGUUCCUCAACUGCGAGGGAUCUGGUCUCUACGUGCUCCAGAGCUGCUGUAACCACAGCUGCAUCCCCAAUGCUGAGACAUCCUUCCCGGAAAACAACUUCCUCCUGCAUCUGACGGCUUUGGAGGACAUCGAAGCAGGAGAGGAAAUCUGCAUCAGUUACUUAGACUGCUGCCAGAGGGAGCGGAGCAGACACAGCCGCAACAAGAUACUCAGGGAGAACUACUUGUUUACCUGCUCGUGUCCCAAGUGCCUAGCGCAAGCCGACGAUGCUGAUGUGACGUCGGAUGAAGAGGAGGAGGGCGAAGGAGAGACGGAUGAUGCCGAGCUGGAGGAUGAGAUGACUGACGUUUGAUCCUGACCCAGGGCGAGAGGAGAGGGAAGCGACAGGGAGGGUCCUCCAGAAGGCAGCAGCUUCAAUACUAGAAACAGGGUUGUGUUGUGGGGUCGGGAGGGAGGCCAUGUGCCGGUGACGGGUGCAGAGGUCUGGCAGAGUGGGGCAGCG